AUGAGAUCCCCAUCCUCGCUCAAGCUGCUGGCCAUAAGAAGUCUGCUGAAAGAUGAAGCAUUUGCUAUCUCUGCUCUGAAGGCCCUGCCCAUGGAACUCUUCCCACCCCUAUUCCAAGGGGCCUUCGAUGGCAAACAAACAAACAUCCUGAGGGCCAUGGUGGCAGCCUGGCCCUUCAGAUGCCUUCCUGUGGGAGCCCUCAUGAAGAUUCCUGACCUGGAGAUUAUGCAGGCUGUGCUGGAUGGCCUUGACCUGCUGAUUAAGCAGAAGGAUCGACAGAGGAGUUGCAAACUAGAAGUGCUUGAUCUUUGGGAUGCAGAGAAUAACUUCUGGCAGGUGUGGGCUGCAACAGAGGAUGGUGUCUGCCCUCCAGAUAUCAUUGGUGAGAGCCAACCAGCGAUGCAUCUUCCCAUACGACAGGGAAAUCAGGUUGUGACUGUGAUGAUGAACCUUUCCCUCCAGUCAGUGGAUCUCUGUUUAUUGCUAAAAUAUUUCCACUCGUGGGCCAAACAGAGGAAAGAUGUGCUGCAGGUGAUCUGUGAAAAGCUGGAGUUUGGGGCCCUCCCUGUCUAUAAGCCCCUCAUGCUGCUGGAGGUAUUUGAGCCAAGGUCUAUACAGGAGUUGGAACUGAAUGCAUGUUGGGACUUGCGAACCUUUGCAACGUUUGCCCCUGGCCUGGGCAAGAUGAGAAACCUUCAGAAACUCCUUGUGAAUAAUAUCUCCAUUCCUUCAGAAUGGUUUAGUAACAUAGAGUUGAAAGAAUGGUGUUUUACAGAGAUCAUUUCGCAGUUCUCCCAACUCAACAAGCUCCAGCAACUCUAUUUGAAUGGUGUCUUCUUCCUAAAUGAAAGACUGGACCAAGUGCUCAGGUACUUGGAGAGUCCCUUAGAGACCCUAGCCAUCACACGCUGCAUGCUAUCAGAAUCAGACCUGAGGUAUCUUACCCACUGUCCAAGCGUCCAUCAACUCACGUAUCUGGACCUGAGUGAUGUCACCUUUCCAGAUUUAAGUCUUGCACUUCUAGGAAGACUGCUAGAGAGACUGAGGGCUACACUGAAGACAUUAAAAUUGAUGGGUUGUAUGGGCAUGGACUUCCAAAUUGGUGUCCUCCUCCCUGCCCUGAGCCAGUGUUCCCAGCUGGAGGAGGUGAACUUCAUGAGGAAUUCCCUGUCUAUGUCCAUUCUUAAGAAGCUGAUGCAGCACACUGCUAACCUGAGACUUCUGACCCUGGAGAUGUACCCUGCCCCUGCUGAAGUCUAUAAUGUCAUUGGUGAUGUCAUGCCAGACAGAUUUGCCCAAGAUUGUUCUGAGCUCUUGGAAACACUCAGAGUUGUAAGAGAGCCUAAAGAGAUCUAUUUUGUGAGUAGGAGAUGUGUAGAUUGCCAGGGAUUCUAUGUCUAUAACCUGGAGGUCUCCCUAUGCUCAUGUUGGGAAUAAAUGAUGAGUGAAUACUCUUGGACUCUGAGAAAUGAAAGCCAGGACUCAAGUGAAUCAUCAGAGACACAGAGGAUGUCGAUUCAAGGGAUUUCAGACUCAUUUGGAAACAAUAUGGUUUCAUUGAUUCAGACCCAGAGAGAGAAGUGUUGGCCUGGAGCAUCAGUGCCUCUCCAUCUGCUGAGCGCCAACAGUGAAGACCCGACCUCGAACAGGUUCACGAAGUUUGAAAAUGGUAGGGAUAUUGUCUCAGCUCAACCAAGUGAUGAGAGACCAUAGACACAGUGAAGGGGAGAAAGGAAGGAUAGUACAAAGAGCACAAUUUACUGGAAGAGGUAGCUUCCAUCUCUGUGUUUGUUAGGCCUCCAUCUCUUCCUU